AUGAGCCCUAAGCCUUUAAGAGGCAAACGCCUCUCCGAGAUCAAGCUGUCCAGAACUUUCAACGGCAGGACGCUUCUUACACCAAUAGUAGCCUUCACAAUGGCGGGCCUGCUCUUUGUCUAUACUCGCUCAUCAAUCCACGCUGCCAAACGGAAUGCCGAACGUCACAGAGCGGCAGAUGGAGGUCAGAUCAGCUGGUACAAUGAGAGCCAGCGGCGUCAUGGAGCUUUGGAAAAGCCUGAGGAGCAAGAGUCGAUCGUACAGUUGAUCGCAGGUACACAGGACAAGACAGGGAAGAUAGCGGGAAAAGGCAAGCGAGACAAUGGUGGAUGA